CAAAUAUCGAAACUACACGUGGUUUUGUUUACGUUUUGGCUACUACAACCUUAAUUUAAAAGAAAAUGGGAAUCAAACGUCAACACACAGAGGUUGAACAUGGUGAAGACGAUGAUAAUGAAAUAGAAGAAGAUGAAGACAUUUUAGCUAAUUUAUCUGCUGCUCAUCAAAGGGAAGUAACUGGUGAACCAGCUAAGAAAUUGACUAAAAAAGAAAGAGAGAAAUUGUAUAAAGAACCUACAGUUGAGGAACUUAAACAGAUGAAAGAAACAGAAAAUCUCUUUCAUUCCAACCUAUUCAGACUUCAGAUAAGUGAAGUAUUAAAAGAAGUUACAUUGAAAGAUAAACACAAGAAGUAUGCACAUAACCUGAUAGAUAAUUUAAAAGAAAUGAUAUUGGAUAUUCCAGCAAGUGAACAGAUUAGGUUAACGGAUACACAAUGGUUUUUAAAGCAGAAAGUGAAAGUACCUAUAUAUCAACCAGAUGAUGAUAAUAAAGGCCAGUUUCAGUAUUUACCUCCUAGUUCUAUAUGUGUUGUUGGUAGUUAUUCUACUAAUACAGUAGUUAAACCACAUUCUGUCAUCGAUUUACUUGUAGAAAUGCCAAAGGGCUGUAUAUCAGAAAAAGAUAAUUUUAACCAUCGUUUAUUCAGAAAAAGAGCAUUAUACUUGACUUAUGUAGCUGCUAAAUUAAAUAAGACUACACUCUGUCAGGCAAUGAAAUUUACCUAUCAACAUGGUAACCAUUUAAAACCUAUCUUAAAUCUAAACGUGCAAGGUAGAAGUAUCAAUGUUAAUAUAAUUGUAUGUUUACCUCAUAAUACAUAUAAACUAGAGACUUUCAAUGUUAAUAUAUGUAAUAUCAAUGUAAAAUGGUAUAAAGAAAUAACACAGGCUGAAUCUAAAGAUGAUGUAAGGUUAAAACCAACUCCCUAUAGCAACAUGGCUAUAUUAGAAGAUUUAACACAGAAAACAAAUACUGAAUACAUAGAAAAUAUUCUAGCUGAUUUACCGGCUUUUCAAGAUGGUAUUAAAUUAUUAAAAAUAUGGCUGAGACAAAGAGAGUUAGACAUGGGAUAUGGUUAUUUUUCUAGUUAUAUUAUGACUAUGUAUGUAAUGUAUUUGUUAUCGCAAAGACUACUCAAUAAAAUGAUGAGCAGUUAUCAAGUGUUUCGAAGUACUCUAAUUUAUUUAGCUCGGAAUGAUUGGUGUGUCAAAGCACCGUCUUUGUUUAAAAUAAAGAAGAGUUUAAAUGAGAAAUCAUCAGAGUUCAAUAUGAAAUCUGUAUUUGAUGUGGUAUUUUUAGAUGUUACUGGUCACUAUAAUUUAGCCUAUACUUUGAAUAAAGCUGUUUAUCAAAGGGUUCUACAUGAAGCAAAGUUAUCAGCUGAUUAUUUUACUACUAAACCAAAUGAUGCAUUUGAUCUCUUACUUAUGACAUCUGUAGCUUUUGAUAGAAAGUUUGACUAUUGUUUUCAUGUAGAUAAUCUGAAGUCAAUACAAGAACAUGGAGAUACAUUAGGAGGUCUAGACAAACUGAUUGAUAAUGGUGGAAACUAUGUAUAUGCCUAUUUAACAUCAAUAUUGGAUGUUCUUGAAAAGGCUCUAGAUAAACGAAUAUUAUUGAUCCAACCAAGAUCAUUACCAACACCAACAUGGAAUAUUGAUGAAGAUUGUAGUAAUUAUAAUGAUAUAAACUGUAUAACUAUAGGAUUAUUAGUUGAUACCUUUAUGUCUACUAAAUCAGUAGAAAAAGGUCCAACAGCUGAUUCCUCUGAGGCUCGUGAAUUUCGAGAGUUUUGGGGUGAAGUUUCUGAGUUAAGAAGAUUUCAAGAUGGAAGUAUCUGUGAGGCUAUUGUUUGGUCUAAAGGUUCUACAUUUAGAAAGAAAAGGCUUGUAAUAUCAAAGAUAAUUCCCUAUGUUCUUAAGAAGUAUGCUGGUAUUGAUUUAGAAGAUAUAAGGUAUAUGGGUGAAGAAUUUGAUGUUCCUCUUCACAUACCAUUUCCUAAACAAAUAGACCAACCUAUAUAUGGUACAGGAGAAGAACAACAUAUGUCUGUUAUACAUACAUUUGAUGGUAUAAAGAAAUCAUUACGAGGUUUAUCAGAUAUGCCUUUAAGAAUCAACAAUAUCCAAGGAAUUCAUCCUGUUUUUAGAUUUACUGAUGUAUUCCCUGUUAUGGCUUUAAAUCAGUUUAAAGAGACAAAGAAAGUAAAUGAUCAUUAUUAUCCAACAAGAAGUUUAGUAGCACCAGCUUAUCAACCUACCCUUCCAGUAACAUGUAUAUUAGAAGGAAGUGGGAAAUGGCCUGAUGAUAUAGAAGCAGUCAAGAGAUUAAAAGCAGCCAUUUAUAUUAAGAUUUCUAAAGAUUUGAGUUUAGAUAAAAGUUUAAAAGUUAUUUUACAGCCAACUCAUAUAGACAUCUUUAAGAAUGGUUUUGUAUUUAGAAUAAAGAUUUAUGCAUUAAGAGAAUUGAGUAUUAUGAAAGCCUUCGUAACUAAAACAGGAGUAUUAUCUGUACAGAAUAACCAGAAAUCAUUUCAGUUUGAAAAAGAUGUUAUUGCAUUACCCAAACUUAGCAGUACUAUACAUGGCAUAUAUCAACAACAUAAUACAAUGUGUUCUGCAGUACGAUUGGCUAAAAGAUGGACAUCUGCUCAGUUAUUAUCCAAUCACGUACCAGAUAUUGUUAUAGAAUUAAUUGUUUGUUAUAUAUAUUUAUCACCUGCACCAUAUACCAAACCUGGUUCACCUGGGUCAGCAUUUUUAAGAUUUCUACAAUUAUUAUCCAGUUUUGAUUGGAGAAAUUAUCCAUUAAUGGUUGAUCUGAACACAGAAUUUACAGCUGAAGAUUUGGUAGAUAUACCUGCUAGGUUUAACAAAGAAAGAGAGAAAUUUCCUUUAAUGUUUAUUUCUACACCAAUGGAUAAAUGGAGUUCAUAUUGGACUAAAGACCAACCAUCAGCUAUGAUAUUAAAUAGAUUGGCAUUGUUAGCUAAGGAAUCUCUUCAUGUCUUACAAACACAAGUUUUACAACCACAAUCUAAUGAUGAUAUUAAGGAAGUAUUUCGCCCACCAUUAGAUAGCUAUGAUGUUGUGAUAUAUUUACAAGCUAAUCAAGUACCAAGAUAUUAUCAAUCAAUAGAUUACCCUAAAGAUAAACCUAUACCUACUCUCAGAUCUACUGAUGAUCAGAUAUUUCCUGUAAUAGAUUUUGAUCCUGUUGUAAAGUAUGUUAAGGAAUUAGAGGAAAUAUAUGCUGAUAGAGCACUAUUUUUCUAUGAUCAGUAUGGUGGAACUUGUAUUGGUGUUUUGUGGAAACCUAGGUUAUUUCAAAAGAGGGACUUUAAGGUGCCAAAUUUACUAAUGAGUAAACCAUCUACAAGAGGAAGUGAGAUUGUAUUAGAGUUUAAUCUACAAGCUGUUUUAGAAGAUUUUAAAGUAUUAGGAACUAAUCUAGUUGAUAAAGUAGAAGUUAAAACACAACCUAAGACUGAUGUGUAAUUAUUAAUUCGAGAGCUGUUGUAACAAUAUCAUAACUUUACAAUAGUGUAAAAUAAAAUACUAUAAAAUCAGAUUAGUGUAAUUGAAAUGAAAAACUGUAGAACAUUUUUACCCAGUUGUCUAGGUAUGCAGAUCAAAGAUUAUGAAUUUUGUGAUCAUGUGUAUGUCUAUCUGUUUUAACUAUUGAAUAAAACGUAAAUAAUAUCAUUAAAUCUGUAGUUUUUA